AUGGCUAGAGCCCUUAGGUUUCAAUCUCAUUCCCCUUUGAAAUUCUGGGGAGAAUGUGCUCUUACAACUGCCUUUAUCAUUAAUGGAUUGCCUUCUUCAAUUCUUUCAGGGAAAUAUCCUUAUGAGUUGUUUCAUGGUCAACCACCUUCACUUUUUCACCUUAAGGCGUUUGGUUGCUUGUAUUAUGCAACCACACCAUGCUUCACAGACAAGGUCUCUUCUAAAGCCAUUCCUGCAAUCUUUAUGGGUUACUUAGAGACUCAAAAAAGGCUCUGGAACUUGAGGUUCAGGCCCUCACCAUCUUCUCCUAUAAAGCAACAUCCCUCUUCUAUUUUAGAUGUCACUUUGAGGAAGUCUGCUAGGACAUCUAGUCCUUCUUUGUGGUUGACUGAUUAUGUCCAUCAGGUCAAACCUACUUCCACUUUUUAUCCUAUUUCUUCUUCCCUCACUGUUAAAGACAACAAUUGGGUACAUGCUUUGGAACUUGAGGUUCAGUCCCUUACUAACAAUAACACCCGGGAGUUGGUAGAUUUACCUGCAGGCAAGACUCUAAUUGGCUACAAAUGGGUUUAUAAAAUGAAGUACAAGGCUGAUGGGAUUGUGGAAAGAUACAAAGCUCGGUUAGUUGCAAAGGGGUUCACUCAACAGGCGGGUUUGGAUUACCAUGAGACCUUCUCACCUGUGGUGAAGAUGGUCACGGUUAGGAGUGUUGUUGCUCUAGCUGCUUAG